AUGGAGGGGGAGAAGAAUACUAUCCCUCUCCAAACUCGCAUCGCAGCGCUCGUCCAUGCCCACUUUGACGCUCUGCCUGCACGUUACAAACCAUAUACUCGCAACGAUGGCUCUAAAGAAUGGAUUCCCAUGAGCGGGUUUGUUGCUGUGCGAGGACAGAAUACUCCUGCAGAAUCACUAACAUGCAUUUCCCUGGCGACCGGAGCGAGAUGUCUCGCAGCGUCUCAAAUCCCCAAAUGUCAUGGACUGGUCCUUCAUGACUGCCACGCUGAAGUGCUAGCCAUUCGUGCUUUAAAUUACUGGCUCAUCAAUGAAUGCUUGUCUGUCCUAAAGCCCGAGCAGCAAGACUUUGAGAAAAGACCAUUUGUUAGAAGACGAGUGGAGAAUGAAUUGCACAAUGCCAGCCCUCCUUUCGAAAUAUGUCCAGAUAUCAAUAUCUAUAUGUAUUCGACUUGUGCUCCAUGUGGCGAUGCCAGUAUGGAGCUUUGUAUGGCCGAACAAGAGGAUUCUACACCUUGGGUUGUUCCACCUGCGCCAGCGCCAGCGCCGACAGAUGACGAGACAAAUGAUGAAACUAAAGAAAAAGACCAACAACAAAUCCUCCUGGAUGGUAGAGCAUACUUUUCAGUCCUCGGUGUUGUCCGUCGCAAACCAUCCCGAGCAGAUGCCGAACGUACCCUGAGCAAAUCCUGUUCGGAUAAGCUGGCACUUCGACAGGUGAUUUCGUUGCUUUCGUAUCCGGCGAGCAUUCUCAUUGAGCCCACGAGUAGUGCAUACAUUACUGCGCUCAUACUGCCAGAGGAGGAAAUAUCUCAGGCAGGAUGUGCUAGAGCAUUUGGGGGUGGCCCAACGGGCCGAAUGAAAGAUCUAGUCGGCCGUGUUCUACCACCACCACAAACUGCUGCAUCACCAAACACUCAACUGGAAUAUCGCUUCCGACCUUUUGAAAUUAUGUCUGUUCCAAUGGACACAGUAAAGGUUAGGUGGCCAUAUGGGAAAUACAGAUCAGACAAUACUGCGAAUAAGACGAAGAAGGCCAGCAAUAAGCCUUCAAAUCUCUCCGCUGUAUGGAUUGCGUCGGCUUCAUCUCUCAACCCAUAUCAAGUCUGCUAUGAUGUUCCGACUGCCGAAUAUAAACCACGAGUAAGUCCGCAGUCCACGGCAGUCCUUGAAUGUAUCACUGGCGGCAUAAAACAAGGAGGCCAGCUGAAAUCGAUGACUUUGCGAGGGGCAUCUGUUCUUUCGAGAGUCAAAAUGUGGAAUCUACUUCACGAGGUUAUUGCGCACGUCACCGGUGAAGAAGGAAAGAUUGAAUCAAGUAGCUAUGCUGAAUUCAAAUGGAAUUUUCCUUGGCUAGUUGCCAGAUCACUGGCCAUGGACGAGGCGAAGCAUGUGCUUAGUCCAUGGAUUCCUAAUUCCGGAGAUGAAACUUGGUGCAGAGAGGAAGUUCUAGCUCUAGCACAGGAGAAAAAGAAAAAGAAUUGA